AUGCUGGCUGGUUGCCUGGCAUGGGUGGCCUUUGUGCGCUGCCAUCUCAUCAAGCAGAGCCCCUGGAGCACAGAGGAGCUUCGGGACAUCCGGCCAGUACAAGAUCACCUAUGGGCCUCUGUGCUCUUCGGGGACCUGGAGAAAUCGACCCCGGACUUCCGCCUCCAACGGAUCCGUGAGGGCUGCUCACAUCCAGCAAAGCGAGAGAAAGCUUCUGUGCUGCCCACAUCCGUGAAGUGUCAGGAGACGUGCCUUUGCUGCCUGGACGACUUUGAAGACUCCCAUGCAGUGGCGCUGUUGCCCUGCGGCCACGUCUUCCACGAGGCCUGCAUCAGCGAGUGGUUCCUCUCGGCGAGGUCAACCGGAGCUUGCCCAAUCUGCCGGCAGCAUCUGAACAUUGUCUAA